GCCGCCGUUAUCCCGCGCGAUGCGGACGCUCUACUUCGGCCGGUGGCUCCGCGCGGCCCCGGUGCCGCCGCCGCCGCCGUUGCGGGUCCCUGCUGCCCGGGCCGUGUCCGCCGCGCAGGUCCCCCCGCGCCCGGCGUGGCAGCAGGGCGAGCGGCGGUCGCCCCCGCAGCGAAAAGUGACGGUGGAAGUGCUGGAUCACUUGGAACGCCUGGCCUUGGUUGAUUUCCGCGAUUCAGAGGGCGUAGAGCGGCUGCAGAAAGCAAUCCAGUUUGCCGAUCAGCUUCAUGAAGUAAACACCGAUGGCGUAGAACCGAUGGAUUCAGUCCUGGAGGACAGGUGUCUGUAUCUCAGAGAAGAUGAUGUUACAGAAGGCAACUGCACGAAAGAGCUGCUGAAAAAUGCCAGAGAGAAAGUAGAGGAAUAUUUUGUAGCCCCACCAGGUAACAUCUCUUUACCAAAGCUAGAAGAACGAGAGACUUUUCUGCAGGGCUCUUAGUGAAAGCCCAGAACCCAAACACCGUUUUGGUAUUUUAUUUGGAAAAACCAAGUUUUGUGCAGUCACAGCUGAAAUACCCUGGCAUGUAUUUUGAUCAAAAGAAGAGCACUUGCAAGACAAUUUACAGAAGGAAGGUGUAAAAAGUUUAGCAGUGCUACUGAAAUAUUCCGUGUUUAUGAAGCUGGAAGGCAGCACGACAGAUGACCCUAGUGCUUUUAUUUAGCAAAGAGAAUUUGAUGUUACUCUUUAAGAAAGAUACUGAAUGGCUUAGACUUUAAAAGAGAACAUUAAAAGGUAAUGAUUAAAAAACCCAAAACACUAUAUUUUUCCUCAACAAGUUUGUCAGGAAAACAAGAGAGGUUGGAAGGCUGUAUUUGCCUAUUUCGCACCUUCAGCUCGACUCUGACCCUGUCAGAAGUAAUAGUCUGGUAUGGAGGAGGGGUUUGUAACAUUGCUGAGUAUCUCUGUGACGUACAGACAGAACUCAGAUUUUUAUUAUGGAAGAAAAGGCACUCUGAGAAGAUGAUUCGCUCAAAUAUUUUGUUUCUACUGAAUUUUUCCAUUUUAUCUCUGUGCUCCAUGUUUGCGUGGGUUACCUUCUAUUUCCCACUUUGUAUUUUUAUUCUGACAAAUUAAAUACCUGGAGUUGUACAUAAUCUGAGAAAGUACUUUUCAAGCACAGAAAUAGUGGCUCUAAAAUAAAAAAAUCUUUGCUGUAAAUAUUUCUGUCCACCAGACGUAUCUCCAGCAGCACCAGCAAUAUUUUCUGGAUUAAACCAUUCUACCAUUUCAAACAAAGCACUGCAGUUGUUUAUUUAAAGCAUCUUGUGUGGCUAAGCUUGUUGUAAAUAAAGAAUGUAAUUACUUGUGAA